AGGAUUCUGUGAUUCCCUCCGUUUUCCUGCGGCUCCUUCCCCUCCCCAGGUGCCCGGGGUCACGGCGGCGGGGCCGCCCCCUCCCUGCCCCCUUUCCCCCACUCCCCCGUGUUUGGGUUUGCGAACCCAAGCGCCGUCCUGACCCUCCCGCGACCCCAAACCAGCCGUUUUUGGGGCGGGGAAAGGAGGAACACCGACUUUUAGAGGGGCACCGCGGGGCCGCCACCACAGCGGGCACCAUGGGCGAAGCGCAGCCGGGGGAGCCGCGUCCGUCCCCGGGCAGCCCGGGGCCGGCGGAGGAGCUGCAGAAACCCCCUUAUUCCUACGUGGCUCUCAUCGCCAUGGCCAUCCGGGCCAGCCCGGAGCAGCGGCUACCCCUGAGGGGCAUCUACGCCUACAUCGCGAGCCGCUUCCCCUACUACCGCUGCGGCCCCAAGGGCUGGCAGAACAGCGUCCGUCACAACCUCAGCCUCAACCCCUGCUUCCUCCGCCUGCCUCCCCGGCACGGCCCCGCCGCUCCCCGCCGGGGCGGCGAGUGGGCCCUGGACCCGGCCUUCCACGACAUGUUCCCGGGGGGCGACUACCGCCGCCGCCGCCGCCGGCCCCAGCCGCCUCCGAGCACCACCGCCGCCGCCCCGAGGCCUCCGGCGCCGCUCCCCGGGUGUCCCUGCUCGCCUCUCCCCGCCUGGGCCCCGCCG